ACAGUAAUUGUGUUUGCUUUUUUUCUAGUUGAAAACUUACGAUUCUUUAUGUUUUGUAUGAGCCCUCAUCAUGGGUUGGGGGGUUGUUCUCCUAUGAUGCCACAAGCAAAACACAACCAUGGGCCACCCUACAAGGCAUGGUGUUAUCAGGGGUUGUCAGAUGCAUUUCCUCAUACUCAUAACCAUUGUACUCCAAGGUAAAAAUUGGCCCACAUUUUUGUUGAUCAUGCACUUUUUCAGUCCAAAGUAAUUCAAUAAUACCUGAGAACCAACAAGUAAGACUGAUCUAAACAAAAGCAUAAGGUGUCAAUGUGUCAUCUUUAUUUGGCAGCUUGGCUCCUUAAGAGCGGCAUUGUCAAUUUUCACAUGCCAGCACAACUACAAAGGCACCAAAAGACUUUAAAUACCGGUAGUACAAAUGAGAAAACUAUUGAAAGCUUGAAUAACACCAAAUCAUCAUAACUGACAGAAAAGGGAAACAACUGGCCUUGCCAUGAUGAAAGAUACACUACAGUUGUUAUAAAUGUUGACAGAUCAGAGUGAAAAGCAAUCAUCAGUAAACUUUACAUCAAAAACCUUAUCAUCACCAUUAAUGAGGAUGUCCCUAUGGGAAAGUCCUUUCGGUCAUGGCAGCGUAAAAGGCCAGAAAUCCACAAUUAUUCACAUACUUCUGAGGUGAAUAACGUUGUUGUUGGGGUUCAAGUCACGGAACCAGGUAAGCACGACAAAUAAAUAAAUCUACUAACGUCCUCGGAAAAGCAAAGGAACAUUAAGUCUUUACUAUGUAUUGACUACCAUGACACGUUUGCUAUUGAUGUCACCGCUGACCAAACGCACCCCCCCCAUUGAACUCAUUGUAUUACAUUCUGUAUCCAUUAAAUGACUUGCCAAUGCGAUGAAGUUUCUUACAGUGUGAACGCUGUUCAUGUGAAUAAACCUUCAUUGAUGCCAGAUAAGCACAACAAAUAGCCUCAUCAGAGCAUAAUGUCAAUAAUGACAGGGUUUUACUAGAGGGUCAAUGAUAUUUUCGUUUUGGCCAACAGAAACUUGAUCAUCGCCUGAAGGCUUUGAAGGCGAAGAAAUCAUAUAACAGGGAUUCCGUGCCUUCAAAACUAGCCAUACAGAAGAUUGCCUCUGAAGGACGACAGUCCAGAUCCACCAAGGGAGGCCUCUCCCUCGCGGAGAUAGCCAAACGCCAAAGAGCAUCGACAGAAGGACGUGACGUACCGGGCUACCUGCAGGUAGUUAUGACGUCUCCUUCCGCCAUAAUGCUGUGGUCUCAAGAGACCAUCAAGAUUUAUCACGGCAGAGGAAAGUACGACAUCGUCUACUUGGACGCCGGCAAAUGUCAGAGCGAAAGGAUGGAGGGAAGCCCUACUACGCGUACGAGCUGGUUGUCCGAUAUCCAAAGAAAGGACGAAUGCCGAUGCCCUGCGCGACACUUGUGACAAACAACCACAGUGUACCCCACAUCACAUUCUUUCUACAAUCAUUCCGUUAUGCCGAAUCAAAAGUGUACCAUCACAAUACCAAGGUCAACCCCCGAUUGAUCAUGGCCGACAGGAGAAUGGCGCUCAUCAUCUCCCCGUUGAAUGUGUACUGCACUGAAACACUCCAGCGUUUUCUGGACCGAUGUUACAGGAUUGUAACUGGGGUGGCCAAAGCAGAAGACAUUGAGAUGACCAUCAACCACACCUGCGCCUCCCAUUCGAUGAAAAAUGCCAAGAUAGCUGUCAACAAGCACUACAAGUCAAAGAAGAAGUUCGGCAUGUACGUCAUGGUUCUUCUGUUGAGAACGCAGUGACUUACGCAGCUGGAUAACAUUGUUCGACAUCUGGUAAUCCUCCUGUAUUCACAACAAAAUACUGAGGGAGUGAAGCGAAGCUGGAAGUUCCUGUCAGAAACCAUUGACUCAAAGGACGAGACGAUUGAAGAGUAUGAGGGGGGAAACGAGAAGACAUGUCUUCCGGAAGACGCAGAAAAUGAGGUAAGAGGACUUGAUUAUUACUAUGGGCGGUUGAUUAUAAUCUUUACUUCCAUAUUUCUAGAACAUCACAAAGGACAACAGAACACAAGGAACCAUGGAGCAAAGCCAAAAGGAACUGAAGCGUGUUCGCUGCAACAAGCGAAAAUUCACAUCCUUAGAGGCUUUCGCAGAUGCGUAUGAGGACGACCAUAAGAAACUGUGCCGCGAAUACUAUGACGGGUUGGAGGGAGGCAAGAUACAAAUGGAAAGAUCAUCGAUCGGGGUGAAGGUUAGUCUUCGAGAGGACUUACAAUUUUAACAGUAAGAUUAUCAUUAUGCGUGCUUGUUCUAAAGGAAUUAGAUAUAUUAUCUGUGAGUAAAGAACGCAUUAUCAUUAGUGAUGUAAUAAUGGGUUUAGGACUGGAACCACUGGUCAAGAGGAAUCUGAAUCUGAUCAUGAGUGCAAACCCCAAAACUCAAGCCGGACAAGGCCUGGAACCACUGGUCAAGAGGAAUCUGAAUCUGAUCAAAGUUACUUCUACCAU